UCACCGAACCAAAUCAUCGACUUCAACAACUUCAACUUCCAAACCACCGCAACUCGAUCCAACCUCUCCAUCCUUCUCGAAAUCCCGCAUAUCCCCAUCAAGCCCUCCUCAGAGGCACAUACAUCAAGAUGGUUCUCGAAGCAGUAAUGGUAGUGGUGGACAACAGUGAAAGCAGUCGAAAUGGCGACUAUACACCCACUCGAUACGAAGCACAAAGCGAUGCCGUUUCUCUGAUCUUCGCAGCCAUUACGCAAGGCAAUCCCGAAUCCUCAGUCGGUCUGAUGAGUAUGGGUGGCAAAGGACCAGAAGUUUUGGUGACAUUAACGACGGAUCAUGGCAAGAUUCUAUCCGGAUUACAUCGUACGAAGAGCAAGAUUAGAGGAAGCAGUCAUUUGGCUACAGGAAUUCAGAUUGCAGGUCUAGCUCUCAAGCACCGACAGAACAAAUCUCAACGCCAGCGUAUUGUCGUCUUUACUUGCAGCCCGAUCGCCGAAGAUGACAAGACUCUGGUGAAGCUAGCGAAAAAGAUGAAGAAGAAUAAUAUCAAUAUCGAUUUCGUGGCAUUCGGGCAGGUGGAUGACGAUACAACAAACAAGCUCACGGCCUUCAACGAGAAUGUUAAGAGUGCGGAAGGAUCACAUAUGGUUGUUAUUCACCCAGGACCUGGUUUGUUGUCCGACCAGCUCAUUACCACACCCAUAUUGAACGGUGAUGGAUCAGGGGCCGGUGCUGGAGGUGGAGCAGAAGGUGCAAGUGGUGGGGAUGGCUUCGAGUUUGGCAUUGAUCCUUCUGUUGACCCAGAAUUGGCUCUUGCGUUGAGAAUGAGUAUGGAAGAGGAGAAGGCGAGAGUAGACAAGGCCGAGAAGGAGAAGAAGGAACAGGAAGAUAAGGCGAAGCUGGAGAAUAUCAAGGAAGAAGACGAGCAAGGAGAGAAGGCACCGCUGUUGGGGAAGGAUGGUGAACCAAGUGGGGACAAGAAGGACGACGAUGAUGCAGAUAAGAUGGACACGGCAUAGAUUGGAGUUGCGGGUAUGAUCUGCAUUGCUCCUGGCGUUGGGACUGUAUGUGUACCACUAGAUGAGCCAUAGAAUGAUGGCUUGUGAACAUCUACUGCCAGAUUUCAUUCCAGAAUCUUUC